AUGUACAGUAACUCGAGCGAUGCGGAGCGCGACGCGGCGGAGGAGACGACGCUCGCGGCACUAGUCGCGCUCUACGUGCUCGUGUCCAUCAUAGGUAUAAUAGGAAAUGUGAGCUUAAUGGCUGCGCUUGCGUCAGGCGGGGCGUCUAGACUGCGAACUCCGCAGAUGCUGAGCGCAUGCGCAGCCGACUUUCUCGUGUGCGCCGCCAGCGCACCACUAGCUGCGACCCGCGCGGCCAGAAUAGAUGAGCUACCCUGUCAAGUAACUUAUUAUAUUGAGUCAUUCCCCGUGGCUGCGAGCACACUAUCCUUGGUGGCGAUAGCAGCAGACCGAUGCGGGGCGGUGAGGAGAGGGGGCACGUCCCUCUGUGCGCGCCCGCAUCUAGCAGUCAUCGCCGUGUGGAUCAUAGCGCUUUUGCUUAGUGCAGCAGCAUUCACAACGACGUGCGUAUCGUGUCCGCCAUUAGCCGCGGCGCAUGCACUCGUUACAUACUGCUUCCCAGUACUAGCUGUAGCAAAGUGUCACUGGGCAGUGAGGGUCAAACUGACCGCUCUGUCACUAACUGCUAGAGCAGCACACGGGGAACUGCCACUCCCCGUACCUCUUAUGAGAAGACCCACACACGUCAUCAUCGUCGCCGGCGUAGGACCAAGAGAACGUCGAGACGCCGUUGACGUGGGUGACGUCAGAUCCAAGAAGAAACUCCAACCGAGUCUCCUUGGACCACAACCUCAGACUUCGACACUCCGCUCCCGGCGGCGGCUCGGCAACGUGCUCAUGGGGAUUGCGGCUAUAUUUGCCAUGUGCUGGUGUCCACACGCUGCCAUAGUGAUAGCUAGUGCGUUUGGCUUGCACGUGCCAUUCCUACUGGCGCACUUCGCGCUGCUGCUGGGGUAUGCGCACUCUGCGCUGAACGCGGUGGCGUAUUGGGUGUUGAACCGGCACGCACUGACGUCGGCGUGUGCAGCGUGGCGGCUGCCGCAGCUACGCGUGAGAGAGGAGCGCCCCUCGUCGACCAACGAAGCGGCUCUGGGAGCUUUCCAUCCCCGCCUCGCACGACCCGCACCCUCUCCCCGCCCUCCCCCUUCCAGCUUCCUCUAUUGA